AUGAUUCAAGAACAAGAACACACUGUCACCUUGGUGAUUAAUCAAUCUAUAGAGAUGGGUGAAUUUGGAAUAUAAGAAGCCAUUUAGCUAUUCGAACUCUUCGGAUUGCCAUACUAGGAGUUGUUCAAAUAGUAUUUCCCUAUACAUCAGUUUCCCAAGAAAUAUGAAAUUACAUCUCAAACUCUAGGAAACUAUCCUUUUGUGGAUGUGCAAUUGAGGGAUCUGGAUUUAAUUCACAAGGUUUUGAAUCGAUCCAUCUUGCUUCAUGAUAUCCUAUACACCUUGAGUAGGGGCAAUACAUUAGAGGAAUUAGCACAGAAUCUAUUACCACAAGCAUUGCAAUAUGUCUAAAAUCCUAAUCUCUCUUGUAAAUGCGACAUCAUAACCUCCUAUUUCAAGAUAUCUUAAGAGAGGAGAGUAGAAUUGAUCGAGUAAGUGUUUGGAGAGAAGGGAUUCAAAUCUCAAAAUACUAUUAAUUUAACAGAUCCAGACAUUCUCUAUUAUGUGAUCAUCACUAAAGAUCAAAAGUAUAUUGCUGGUUGUACCUUGACAAAGAAAAAGAAGAGAAGAGAGAAGAAUUUUGCAAGAAACUAUGAAUUGCCAAAUCGAAUAUAUCUAGGUCCUGUGUCCUUGGCUCAUGACUUAGCAUUCUUGAUGGCCAACCAAGCCAUAGUCUAAGAGAAUGAUUUUGUAUUCGAUCCCUUUGCAGGAACAGGCAGUUCUUUAGUUGCUUGUUCUCAUUUCGGAGCCAUUUGUUUUGGCUCAGAAAUAGAUGGCAAUCUCAUGAAAGGACAUUGCAUAGGCUAUCUCAAUAAGAAGAGCACAUAUCUCAAAGAUCCCAACUUUAAACAAGUCAAACCAUUCAUUCACCUGAACUUUAAUCAAUACAAUCUUCCCAUUCCCAAUUUGAUAUAGGCAGAUGUCCAUUUGCCCAAUUUCAAUCCGAGGAUAGAUUCAUUCUUUGAUGCCAUCAUUUGCGAUCCUCCUUAUGGAAUUAGAGCUUCAAUUUAAUAGGAAGGAAAUGAGUAGGAUCUUUAAGCUAAUCGAACUGCCAUUUAUAGGAGAAUGUUUGAAGUGGCCAGAAGAGUAUUAAGAAAGGGAGGAAGAUUAGUUUAUCUGUACCCCUUAUUCAAGGGAAUGGAAAAGAAAGUAGAGAAAGAAGAAGGAUUUGAACUAAUUGAUUUUCGAGAGUAAAAGAUGGUAGAAAAAAGAAGCAGAUUAUUAGUUACAAUGUAGAAAUUGUGA